GAAACGAACCCCAAAUCAAACCCAACGAAUUGAAAGAAAGAAGAAAAAAUUCCUCUCCAGUUUCGUCGUUCUUCCCGGCGAGAACGACAGGGCGAAAUGUACGGAUCUGAUAAAGUUUCCGACGAGUUGGAGCUAACCGCUUUCAGAAGGGCGGAGAAGAAGUACAAGCUCUACUACGAUUCAACUCUCAAAAACAAAAAGAAAAAAGUACCCAGAGGGGUGGAUUUAUCUGAGGUCCUUGAUUUCAAAUCCAUUCUGCAAUCUUUCAAUUCGAACUGUCAGAUUCCUGCCGGAAUUGUCACUCUCGAAAACCAUUCCGGUCACCAAAUGUUCUGCUUGGAAAAUUGUCCUGGGUUUUAUUUCAUUCCUGGAGCUUUGAGUGUAGAAGAACAAUGCAAGUGGAUUAAGGAGAGUUUGAUCAGUUUUCCUCAGCCUCCAAAUAGAACUAAUCACAAUCCCUUUUAUGGGCCUAUGAAUGAUUUAUUUGUUGCAGCAAAAGAGAAGAAAGUUUUGGUUGAAGAAUUGGCUUCUUCUUCUCCUCCUAGUAUGGACUCUAGUUUGGAUCCUAAACGAUGGAAACUUGUUGAGGAACAAGAAGUUUCUUCAAUAGGAAAGGGUUGCAAAACAAUUUCAGCUUCUGUUCUUCUAAGGAAGCUGCGUUGGAGCACCCUAGGCCUGCAAUUUGAGUGGUCAAAGCGAAACUAUGAUGUGUCUCUUCCACAUAACAAAAUCCCUGAUGCACUUUGUGGACUGGCUAAAAGAUUGGCUGCGCCUGCAAUGCCGCCUGGUGAAGAAUUUAAACCAGAAGCUGCAAUUGUGAACUACUUUGGUUUAGGUGAUACGCUUGGAGGCCACCUUGAUGACAUGGAAAAGGAUUGGAGUAAACCUAUAGUAAGCCUGAGUUUGGGCUGCAAAGCAAUUUUCCUUUUGGGAGGAAAGUGUAAAGAGGAUCCUCCUGUAGCAAUGUUCCUCCGAAGUGGUGAUGUUGUUCUUAUGGCCGGAGAAGCAAGAGAAUGUUAUCAUGGUGUGCCGCGAAUCUUUACAGACGAAGAAAACGCUGAGAUUUCGGCUCUUGAAUUGCACUUCUCAAAGGAAGAUAACUGUUUCUUAGACUAUAUCCAGACUUCAAGAAUCAACAUUAAUAUUAGAGAAGUAUUUUAAGUUUUGUUGUUUUGUCUUAUAAAAAAUAUAGGUCUUGAUAGAUCAACAGUUUUGGGAAGAAAGUUAACACUAUGUACUAUGAAGUCUUUAAAAAAAUAAUAGAAUUUUUAUUCUGAUUUA